UAACCAUAUUUCUUGAAACAUGGCAUGAGAGUAAAUUUUUGUUUAAUCACAUUUUUAAUAACUGAUUUGUGUGUUGAGAAAAGCGAGAUUUAGUUUCGUGAAAUGAAACUUUUUCGCUUAGUUUAAUACUAUAUCUAUUAAAAUGGUAAUAAUAAAUAUGUGAAAGCGAAUUUCAAAAUUUUGUUUGAAGAAAACUUGCACACAGGUGUUCGCCUUAAUUUGAAAUUACUCCCAGUUCUGUACGUCUUGUAGUGACGAAGUCAUAAGGAUUUUCCUCAAAGCCAAAAAUAUACUAUAUAUAAGUUAGAAGUUCGCUCUCGUUUGACGUAUCAAAUUGAAGUUUUUACCAGAAACGUGUCUCACUACGGCCACUCAUUCCUAGAAAUUUCAGUUCAAAUGAACCAUUUCUAAGUGAUAAAUCUAUUGUGAAGAGAGAGAGUCUUCUUGAUAUGACCAUGUCAUUUAUCUAUAUCAUUAGAAGAUCAUAUGACAAUUUACAUACUUUUUUUUCAAAUCAUAGAAUCAUAUAUAUAUAUAUACUUCAUUGCAAGAUUAAACUGUACUUGAAGUAAAGUAAGUUGAUAUUAUUAUUAUAAAAUAUAAUGACAGAAAAACCACUGAUACGAUGUACAAAUGAUAAUGUGAAACAAGAAGUUUCAUUUUACAAUUCUUUAUUUGAAGAUUCAACAGCAACUGAUAAACGAAAAAAUGAAUAGAAAAAUUUAGUUACAAGUUAUUAUAGUUUAGUAACAGAUUUUUAUGAAUAUGGUUGGGGACAAAGUUUUCAUUUUGCAAAUCGAUUUCAUGAUGAAACAUUAGCUGAAUCUAUUCAACGACAUGAAUCUUAUUUAGCUUUGAAAAUGAAUUUAAAAGCAGGCGAUAAAGUACUCGAUCUUGAUUGUGAUGUUGGUGGAUCAUUGAGACGUAUUGCUCAUUUAACUGGAACACAUGUUACUGAUAUAACCAUUAGUGAUUAUUAA